CGCAUGCGCAGUAUAGGUUCUUGUUUAUUGACAAGACUGUCUAAGCUUGAAGGGGAAUUGUUGUUAUCUUAAUCAACAUCAAAUGUCUCGCUUGUCGUUCUGUGUUUUAAGCUGCAAACAUUUACUUUCGAAGAGUCCAGUCUUCGGACCAGCCUUAACAGGGCGGUUCCGGGCUGGCAGUGGGUUAGCAAAAGACAGAGAACCCCUAAAGAAAGCUAAAACUCCUCAAGGGCGAUUGGAUAACAACGAAGAAGAGAAGACCAAGGAUGUUCUGGAAAGAUUCCAAGAUGAUGUGAACCCUGUGACAAAGGAAAAAGGAGGUCCCCGGGGUCCAGAGCCCACACGUUAUGGAGACUGGGAGAGAAAGGGCCGCUGUGUGGACUUCUAGUUGACUGAUGCAUCUGAAAUAUAUGUAAUAUAUACAUAUUUAAUUAUAUCCUGAUGUUUAAUUGUGCUUCAGGUGAGUAAGACGGUUGUGCUGAAAACUGAUCUUUGUAAACCUCUCCACAUGUUUGAAUGUUAAGACAAACUAUAAAAAAAGAUGACAUCCUG